CGUUAGUCGUAACCCUGCAGUUCAGUUUACGCCGCCGCUUCAGCUGCUUUGGAACGAGAUAUAUCCUCCCUCUAGGACACCACACAUAUUUAUACCCCCUUUCCACCAUUGCGCACCAACACAACUUGACCUUGACUGCAAAGACCACCGUUUCGUGAUCGAUUUCCACCAUGGCGGACUCCUUGACCGAAGAACAGGUCUCUGAAUUUAAGGAAGCCUUCUCUCUGUUUGACAAAGAUGGCGACGGCCAAAUCACCACCAAGGAGCUGGGUACGGUGAUGAGAUCCCUCGGCCAGAAUCCUUCAGAAUCCGAACUUCAGGACAUGAUCAAUGAGGUGGACGCAGACAACAAUGGCACCAUUGACUUCCCAGAAUUCCUCACGAUGAUGGCCCGAAAGAUGAAGGACACAGAUUCUGAGGAGGAAAUUCGAGAGGCAUUCAAGGUGUUUGAUCGCGACAAUAACGGCUUCAUUUCCGCCGCCGAACUGCGCCAUGUCAUGACUUCCAUUGGUGAAAAGCUCACGGACGAUGAAGUGGAUGAGAUGAUUCGAGAGGCCGAUCAAGAUGGCGAUGGUCGCAUUGACUACAACGAAUUCGUGCAACUGAUGAUGCAGAAAUGAGCGAAUUAUUGACGAGAACCAGUGAUGGGCACAGAGCAAGGGACAGGAGCGAGGACACGGCUUCUAGCAGAUGAGGGAGCCCAUCAACAACUUAGUGAGAAGAGCUACUGGGCGGUGAUGGCACAACGGGAUCUUCCGGUUUCUGCUUGAUAAAGACCAGUUCUGAACUGAUUCAGGCGUCCUGGGCAAAGUGCGCCCCUGAAGUAUUUGAGCGAGGUACAAUGAAACCAACUCAAACAAUCUCCUGGCGCCCUGACCACGUUAUCCUUCCGAUUUCAUUAUUGAUUCCUGGGUAUCGUUAUGGCUCAUACGAGCUAUCUAUUGCCGUCAAACAUCCUUGAACAGGAAAGAAGCAUCAGUGCGACUUCAGCCAGUCCAGCAUUUGUUGAAAUGCCGCUGCCUGGGCUCUUUUGAUCUCAGGCGAAUCGUAAUCUCCAUACACCGCAAAUCCUAUAC